AUGCGUGAGGAACUCGAGAAGCAGGUUAAGAAGCAGCUCGAGUUAGGAGUCGUAAGACCUUCGAAGAGUGAGUGGGCCGCGGCUCCACACUUUGUUAAGAAGAAAACGGGAGAAUGGAGGUGCGUUAUAGACUACAGGCGGCUGAAUGCGUCGACGGUGGCAGACUCCUACCCACUACCGCGCAUCUGGGACCACCUACGCCGUGCAGCUGGAAAGAAGUACUACUGCACGUUGGAUAUGAACAGCGGAUUCUGGAAUGUCCCGAUCGAGGAGGGGAGUAAGCCGUUGACAGCAUUCAUAACUCCGAUCGGGCUAUUCGAAUUCAACGUCAUCCCGUUCGGGAUAAAGAACUCACCUGCUGAGUUCCAGCGGGCCAUGGAUGCUUGUUUCGAGCCCUUACUCGGCGACGAUGCGUUUUGCUACGUCGACGAUAUCGUCAUUUGCGGCGACGACUUCGAGAGCGUGCUCGCAAAAGUGGAGCUCUUCCUGAAGCAAUGCAGGGAGACCGGGUUCUACCUGCGGCUCGACAGAAGCGAGUGGUUUAAGCACAAAGUGAAGUACUUAGGACACGUGGUCGGCACGGAUGGUAUCAAGGUCCAAGAGAAGAAGACACAAACCAUCGCACCGCUGUUCAACCUCUUGAAGAAGGCCGUCGAGUUCAAGUGGCAGCCAGCGCACGAACGUGCCUUCGAGGCCCUGAAAGAAGCAGUACAGAACACGGUCACUCUGCACGCACCGACCCCGACAGGAACCUACAUAAUCGAGACGGACGCCUCCGAACUGGGAGUAGGAGCUCUGCUAAAGCAGCGUCAAGGUGACGUAGAAGUGCCGUUAGAGUUUGCUAGUAGGAAGUUCAACCCCACGGAGCGACGCUGGGACACGCGAGAGAGGGAGCUGUUCGCAGUUAAGUGGGCGGUAGAGAAGUGGCGCGACUAUGUCAGCUUGGCGCACUUCGCCGUGGGCACUCGCCCUCAGUAA